UAUUUACAAAAUUUCAUUGAAUACACUUGGAGUUGGAGUAAGGCCAAAAACAGGAGAAAAUGUUACUAUUUUUCGUUGUUCUUCUAAUCGUUUCAAUAAUACUUUUACGUAAAGUGAAUGAACAUUAUUUUAUCUUAGCUUUGUGUAAACGUAUAAAAUGUGUGGAUGGAAAACCUUUGGAAGAAAAGGUUUGCAUUAUACCGGGUAAAACAAUUUUCGGGAAUAAUUUCGAUGUGCUGAACGUGACACCAGGAAAACUAUUUGAACUCACCCGUGGUUGGGCCAAAUUUUCAAGGGGACGUAGUUAUGUUCUUCAUUUCUUGAGCACUUCCAUUUAUAACAUAAUUAAUGCCGAAGAUAUCGAGGAAUUAUUUCAAAGUCAAACCCUCACAACUAAAGGAAUUAUGUAUGACUUUCUCCAGCCUUUCCUUGGCAAUGGUCUGUUAAUGAGUCACGAAGAAAAAUGGCAUUUACGACGUAGAAUUUUAACGCCAGCCUUUCAUUUCAAUAUCUUGCAAACAUUUAAUGAAAUUUUCAAAGAAGAAAGUCUAAAACUUCUGGAAAAAUUGAAUUAUCUCCAGCACGACAGAAUCAAUGUUAACGAUUUUAUAAACGAAUUCUCCUUAAAUAACGUGUGCGAGACGGCCUUAGGCGUUAAAUUAACCGGCAUUGCCGGCGAUAUUGAAUAUCGUGCUGCUAUUCAUAACGUUGAAGCAAUAAUAGUGGAAAGAGCCUGUAAUCCGCUGAUGUAUUACGAAACUAUAUUUUAUCUCUUCGGGCAAUAUAAAAAGAGUAAGCAUUAUGUAGAAAUCACUCACAAUUUCAGUGACAAAAUUAUAAACAAGAAGCGAAGAGAAUUCCUCCAGAACGGCAACAGAUGCAACAUCGAUAAAGAAAAUUCUUAUGCGAAAACGCGUUACGCGUUGCUGGACACACUACUAAUUCAUGAAGCCCAAGGACUUAUAGAUCACCAAGGUAUCUGUGAGGAAGUGGAUACGUUCAUGUUCGAAGGCUAUGACACCACUUCAACGUGUCUCAAAUUUGCUUUAUUGAACCUAGCUCAGUAUCCAGAUAUACAAAAGAGAUGCUAUCAGGAAAUCGAAAAUCUUACCGCUUUUGAGAAUUUGACCGUGUUCGACUUUAACAAGCUAGAAUAUUUGGGAUGUGUGAUAAAGGAAACUUUGCGAAUGUAUCCACCUGUGCCGUUUAUAGGAAGGCAGUGUAUCAAGGAAACAGUUUUGAACGGUUUAAUUUUACCGAGAAACGCGCAAGUUAAUAUUCAUAUCAUUGACAUUAUGAGAGAUCCAAAACAUUUUCCUGAACCCUCCGUGUUUAAACCUGAUCGUUUUUUGGCAGAGAAUACACGCAACAUGCAUCCAUUUGCUUUUGUGCCUUUCAGCGCUGGUUCGAGAAAUUGCAUUGGUCAAAAAUUUGCAAUGUUAGAAAUUAAAGCUGCUUUAGUUGCCAUAUUAAGAAAUUAUCGCGUUCUACCCGUUACCCACACGAAGGAUUUAAGUUUGGAAUAUGGUAUAAUUCUAAGAACAAAGCAAAAUAUUUUUAUUAAAUUGAAGCCAAGAGUAAUUUAAAUAAACAUAUUAGGUGGGUAAAUAAAUUUUUGAUAACAUUCAGCUUUGUCCAAGAUAUCCUUGUCACAG